AUGCGUAUGGACACGCAACUGCUAGCCACCUGGGCCGAAAGAAAACCUCUCGGCGUCACCCUCCCGGCGAUCCUCGCCGCAGCAUCGACCGAAGACGUCCGGCAAUUCCUCCACCAGCGCCGCACACACACCGGAAUCUUUGCUAGCCGGCCUGCUAUCGAUGAAACCAAGUGGCUGCGUUUCUACCGCUCGCCCAAGUUGCUAGAGCGGAAGUUGCUAGCCGAGCUCGGCGUCCCGGAAGACGCGGCCAUCAACGAUAUCCUCGACGCUCUCCGCAACCCUAGCAAGUCGGACUUGUGGGCGGUGAAUGGCGCCUUCGCCACAAUCGUCGGCGCCUUCCUCCAACCCGAUCGCCGCCUACACGAAAAGCUGAUUGAAGAAACCUUCUCUGCUGCGGACGAAGACGAAGGCCCUCUCGAUAUCACCCAACCGGCCACGGCGUUCUACUUCUGGGUGUACCUGUCUUGUUGGCUUAAGUACGGCGUCACGCCGUGGGACCUGCUGCGUCGAGUCAGCCGCGACGGCAAACCCGCGGAACAGGCAGCGCGGCAGCUGGUGCGGCUCGACGGCGCCGUGUUGGGCACGGCGACGGUCCUGCGCUGGGCGCGUGCCGACGGCGCCCGCGGCGCCUACCGCCACAAGAAGCUCCGUAAGUGGGCCACCCAAGCCCCGUUCGACAAAGAGAAGGCGCCAAACCAAGUCGUCAAGAUCGUUGCCGCGCGGAUCUCGAAUCUCUCCGAGCUCCUCGACGAGCGCCUAAAAGUUCCCGACCUACGCGCCCUCUUCGACGCGUGCCCGCAAACGGCGGAUUUGCAAGCGUACCUGACCAACUCAACCGACGACGAUUUUGGUCGGGCGAUCCGGCGCGUCCGCCAGCAAUUCGGCACGCGACCCAAACCGGACAGAUCGAGCAUCGCAUCCGUCCGGGAGCGCCGCCGUUCCGAAGGCGCCGCACCGCAGGCGGGCGACGUGGCGGGUGAUCUCAGUAACACACCCCCCUCUAUCCCCAAAAUCCCGUCGUGCGAUCUGACGACGGGCGGCGAGGACUGGCUCGACUUCGCGCUGUAUGUAAACCACACGGGAUUCAAAGAGCUAGCAGAACGCCUCGAUAAGGCCAGGCAGCUAGCGGAGCUAGGCGGCGUGGCUCGCCAAGAGCUAGGGGGCCAUACCUAUUUGAUCGGCACCGGCGCCGCGACCGGUAAGGGGAGGAAGCGGGUUCACUACCGCUGGCGAUUGCAGGCCGACAACGGGCUCACGAUUCUGCUGAUGAAUCGCGAGAAGCGGCACGAGACGAUGCCCAACGCGAUAGCGACGGCAAGAUCGGGGCUGCUCAUGGCCGAGGGCCCGGAGAGGGUCUGGCAGCAAAUCCAGAACGCCCUCGAAGACCUUGGCGCCAAACUUGUCGCCAACAAGCUCUCGCGCGUAGACCCCUGCACCGACCUGCUGGACGUCGGCGUCGAGCGGUUCGUAGGGCCGUACACCGAGAAGCACUACGUCACUCGUGCGCGAACCGGUGCGGACUACACCAAUGAAGAAGAGUUCACCAACC